CAUACGUGCACGUAAUAUUAUUGACGAGCGAGCUGCGUUUGAACGAGGCAUCAAUGAACGAACUGACUGUGUCGCCUGUGUCGGUCGAGUGAGUUAUCAAGUAACUGGCUGGUUGUGAGAUGUGACUAGCCCGAUACAGCUUUUGUAAACGAAAAUCGUAUAAUCAAUACUUAUUUUGUUUCCGUGAUAAUUAAUACUACUUACGUUUUGUCUUCAAGGAAAUCAGCAAUGAUAUUAUCUUGUGUUUAAAACUGUGCGUAUAUCUAAAAAUGCGGUGUAAAUAUAAAAUGGCAGUGUUAUAGUGUAUUUUACUAUCUCAACAUUUUAGGAGCCAUUUACACAUGGUGAAAAGUCACGUAGACUUUUACUUCAAGUGAAAUGUUUUACUAUCGUGAGAUUCAAUUAUUGGGUUAAUAGUGUGGCUUUAUUUUGUCAACGAAAAUGGAUAGCAAAAAUAUACAGAAAAAUGCCAUGCAUAAAAGUGCAGAAUUCACUUUCACUCCACCACCCGAAGCGCCUGUGUUUGAACCUACGCCCGAAGAAUUCUUGGAUCCACUCGGAUAUAUAGCAAAAAUUCGUCCUGUUGCAGAAAAAACAGGCAUCUGUAAAAUAAAGCCUCCGUCACGCUGGCAGCCACCUUUUUCUUUAGACGUGGACAAAUUGAAAUUUGUUCCUAGGAUACAGAAAGUGAACGAGUUGGAAGCCAUAACGCGUCUAAAACUUUUGUUUCUCGAGAAGAUUUUAAAGUUUUGGGAACUUCAAGGAUCGCCAUUGAAAAUACCUAUGAUUGAAAAUAAAACCUUAGAUUUGUACUGUCUCAAAUUUUGGGUUGAUGAAGAAGGUGGUUUUGAAGCCUGCAAUAGUCCUAAAAAAUGGCGUAAGAUUGCUAAUGCCAUGGGUUACAGUCAACACACUAGUUCUAUGAAUUUUCUAAGGAGCAAUUAUGAAAAAAUUUUGCUUCCCUAUGAAAUAUUUGAAAAAAGUAAAGCUGAUAUAUUAAAAACUGUGAAGAAGUCUGAGCCCAAAUUUGAAGUAAAAGAAGAUGAAGUUGGGAAGCCACAGAUUAUUGAAGUACCAAUAGAACGAAUAACAAAGAUCAAAGUAGACUUAGAUUUUGAUGAAGAUAAGCCUCACACAAGUAUUAAAAAAACUAAGACAGGGUCUGAUAUCAAACCUGAUUUUGAUAGCUUAAAGAACAAAGUUGAGACUGAAGAGGUAAAACGCAACAGAGAGCUACGAAGAUUAGCCUGUUAUGGACCAGGGCCCAAAAUGCCUGGUCUCAAUGAUGAAGAGUUUGAUAUUACAAAGUCAAGGAAGAGGCCCCGCUAUGAUCUGGAUCCUCUUGCAGUAUACCAGUGUGCAAUAUGCCAAAAAGACCACAGGGAUGACUUGCUAUUAAUUUGCAAUGGUUGUUCUGACACUUAUCAUACAUUUUGUUUAAGACCUCCAUUGAAUGCAGUACCUGAUGGAGAUUGGCGUUGCCCUUGUUGCAUAGCUGAGGAGGUCCAUAAACCAGCAGAAGCAUUUGGGUUUGCUCAGGCAGAAAGAGAAUACACAUUACAGCAAUUUGGAGAAAUGGCAGAUAAAUUUAAAUCAGACUAUUUUGCUAUGUCUGGCCAUUUAGUUCCAACAACAGUGGCUGAAAAGGAAUUUUGGAGGAUUAUUUCAUCAGUGGAAGAAGAUGUAACAGUAGAAUAUGGUGCAGACCUUCACUCAAUGGAUCAUGGAUCUGGUUUUCCAACAAAAUCUUCACUCAAUCUAUAUCCUGGCGAUCAAGAAUAUGUAGAUUCAGGGUGGAACUUAAAUAAUUUACCAGUACUAGAUGGUUCUGUUUUAAGAUUUAUUAAUGCUGACAUAUCUGGCAUGACUGUACCUUGGAUGUAUGUUGGUAUGUGCUUUUCAGCAUUUUGCUGGCAUAAUGAAGACCACUGGAGCUAUUCAAUAAAUUAUUUGCAUUGGGGUGAGGCUAAAACCUGGUACGGCGUACCAGGCAGUGGUGCUGAAUUGUUGGAAAAUGCCAUGAAAGCAGCAGCACCUGAUCUCUUCAAAUCGCAACCAGAUUUAUUACACCAGCUCGUAACGAUCAUGAACCCAAAUAUUUUGAUGGCGGCUGGGGUACCAAUUUAUAGGACUGAUCAGCAUGCUGGAGAAUUUGUAGUCACCUUCCCCAGAGCAUAUCAUGCUGGCUUCAACCAAGGUUAUAAUUUUGCUGAAGCAGUUAAUUUUGCUCCACCUGAUUGGCUCAAGAUAGGACGUGAGUGUAUAACUCACUACAAAAAUCUAAAAAGGUUUUGUGUCUUUUCACAUGAUGAAUUGAUUUGCAAAAUGGCUUUGGAAGGGGAUAGACUAGAUUUGGAGACUGCACUAGAAACUCAAAAAGAAUUAGUCAGAGCUACUGCAGAAGAAGGGAGUCUAAGAGCUCACAUAGCAAAAAAGGGACUUAAGAGUGUUCGUAGGACUGCAUUUGAGUUGCUCGGUGAUGAUGAACGGCUCUGUGAAGUGUGCAAAACAACAUGUUUCUUAUCUUCAGUAUCAUGUAGUGAUUGUAAACACAUGGUUUGUCUGCAGCAUGCUGAUGACUUAUGCAAAUGCCCUCUGGAGAAAAAGACAUUAAACUAUCGCUAUGAUAUGGAUGAACUGCACAUUAUGCUACAGACUAUAGACUUUAGAGUAAAUAGUUUUGAUAAAUGGAUGACAGAAACAAAAAAAAUAUUACUUCCCACUGCACCCGACAUUGGGAGGCUCCAAAAAUUAAAAUUGUUGAUUGACGAAGCUGAGGAACUUAAAAUACCAAAGUGUGCCCUGUUGGCACAACUAAAAGAAGAGUAUACAAAGGCAACAGAAAAUGUUGAACCAAUAGUUAUAGAAUUAGAUGAUGAUUAAGUUAGCAUUAUUUUUUCCUUUAUAGGUACCUACAAACUAAUACUGAUUAUUAUGUAUAUUGUGUAACUUGUAAUUAUGCAAGAUUAAACAUACUCUUGGAUGUAAUGUCUCUAUCAUACAUUCUUAUCAAUUUUAUGUUCUCAUCACAGUAAGGCAGCUUUAAGUAUUGUGCUCUGAUGUUUGAUUUUUUCUCCAUUAUUUCUAAACUGGGUACUUAUUUUUCAUCUUUGUAAAAUAAUUAUUAGUUAUAAAUGUGUUAAUAUUACAUUGAAAAUAAGAAGUAAAUGAACAUUCAUUAUAAUGAAAUGUGUAAUUCUAUGGCUAUAUAAUGUAUAUUUGAAACCUGUGAUUAGGAAUUUUUACUAUGUAAAUAUCACAGCUUUCCAUUUCUUGUCAUGUUACAGUAGAAAUAUUGUAUAAUUGUAGUGUUUUCCCACCGUAUCAUAAUAUAUAAGAUUUUGAGAUAAUUUUAGUUCCAAAUAAUUUUUAUUAUUUUCUUAAUGGUAUUAGAAUCUAGAUUCAUUGAUAGUUGAUGGCAAUGGAGCAAAUAGUUGAGAACUAAUUUGAUAUUAAAACAUGUCCUCUUCUUUUAGAUAUGUACACUUUAGGGAGGUAAAGAUGUCUUUACAUUAUAGUUGUGUUUAUUCAAUCGAAAAUGUGGACCCAACACACAUGUGGACACGUGUAUGUUAGUUUAAAAUUGAUUAGGUCGUUUAUUUACUGCACAGUCUUGCUUUUACUAAUGAUGAUUGUACUGUUGCAAAACAUACCUUCAGACACAGUAAGGAUUAAAUAUAAUAUUCGGAGUAUAGUUGUACUAUUAUAGCGCCAGUUUUAACUUCAGUCUUUAAUAAUACCUACCUAACAAUUUGGAAACAAGUCUACUGAUUGUAUGAAAAGUAUAAAAAUAUACGUUUUCUAUUUGUUUUCAAGAAAAAUAGAUAUUUGUAAUUCUUGUUACAAUUUAGGUGUGUUGAUCUCAAUUAGCAAUCAGCAUUAUAAAUAUAUGUCAUCACAAACAAGCUUUAUUAUUUAUUAACCUUUUUGUGGAAACAAGGUUUCAAGCUAUAUUUAUGAUGUUGAGAGUACUGUCGAAAUAGUUCACGCUAAACACAUGGAAAUGUUAUUUAUAAGUAUGUUUGUGGGUGUGUCAGGCAAAUAGGCACUGAGGUAGCAUUACCUUGUUGAGUGCAACUUUUGAUUAGGUAGGAACUCUAAAAAUAUAAUGAUGUUUUUCUUAUGCAGCCUGCAUUUAUGCAGGGAUAAAGUUUUGUCUCUUCCAUAGAAAAAUUACACUUUUUAAGGUAAGGGCUCUUCAAUUAGAGCUUCUCACAUCUUACCUUAGGUGUAUUGUUUAUGUAUGAAACAUUUUUUUAUACACCCAGUUAUAGGUAUAUUUUAAUUAAUGUAGUAUUGAUUAAAAAUAGAAGAUAAUGUGUAAAUGUAUGUUUCGGAAGUAAAUACCGUUUAUUAUAAUAUAAAAUAGUUGAUGUUGAUCGCAUAACUGGCUAUGAAAUGUGUAUAAGAGUGUGUUUAUGUCUGAAAAGAAUUAGCCUUUAAUAUAUACUGUAAUUUACUAAGAUAAAUAUCAAUUUUGAUGUUUAUUAUAGUUAAUCAAAUAUCAGUGAUAUUUAUUGUAGUUAAUUACAAGUAAGAUUCACUUUAAACCUGACAAUUACAAACUUGCCCAUCUGAUGCUCCUAGUGUGUGUAACUAAUAUAAAUCAACUAAGUUUAAAGAAAUGUUCUAUAGUAUACAUUACUUCCUUAUUUACGUAAUCGCUGGCCUAAAAUGGCACUUAUUUAAGAAAUUUCUGAUAUAAUUAUAACAACCUGUGUAAGGGUGCGUUUAGACUAAACGCAAAUUCACAUUGUUUUGUGUUAUUUCUGUAUUCAAUAUUUUUAAUGUAAACAGACGCAGACAAUUCUGUCGCUGUUUUCUCUAAAAUAAUUGUAUAGGCUGGGCUAUGUUCCCUCAUUUGGUUUAAAACGCACCGUAACACAAUGGAUCUAAAAGAGCAACAAUUUCGUUAGGUUUAUUUUUGUUUGUUUUGAUAAUAAGUUCACUUAUAGCGCAUCAUUUGGUAUUUAUGUGAUCGAGAUCCACGAACUAACCAGUUUAUUUAUUCGUGUUUAUCAUAGCUAACAGUUUAAAUAAAAGACACCUUAACAUACACCUGCCACAAUGAUCCUUAGUAGUAAUAAGGCCAAUACAAAGAUGUACGCCAUUUAUUGACUGACUGCUUGUAUUCAUAGGAAUUUAGGUUUUUUAAUUUAAGUGAACAUAAUUAUAUGUAUUACGUACCUUACAGUGGAAUGUGACUAGUAAAUUAUUUUUGCGUUGUGUGAUUUAAUACUGUGAUUACAAAAUUUUAUUUGCUUCUGACAUAAUAUGUAAAAUAAUGAAGAAUGUGAGUAUUAAUUUCAACAGAUUUAAAUUAAUUAAAUUCUUAUAUUAUUAAA